GAGAAACAAAAACAAAAUGGGUGCAUUCUAUGAAACAAUCCCCCAAAACAUCUACACCUGGAUCCUGGCCCAAAAGAUCUUCUGGGUAGCCACGGCCCCAUUAUCAGGAACCGGGCAUGUCAACGUCUCUCCCAAGGGUGGCCCUUACUUCGGCCUGCUAGACGACAAGACCUUCUGGUACUUAGACAUAACCGGUUCCGGCAGCGAGACAAUCAGCCACAUCUACGAGCCCGGCAAUGGUCGUAUCACGAUUAUGUUCAAUGCCUUUGAAGGUGCUCCACGCAUUGUUAGACUGUGGGGGAAAGGCAGGGUCCUGGAGAAUAAUGGAAGUCGAGAAUUCACAGAGUUUGUGGAGCGAAAUAACGUCAACCUCGUAACCGGGACCAGGUCGAUUAUUAUCGUGGAUAUUCACCAGGUUGGAUCUUCGUGUGGGUUUUCGGUGCCGUUUUAUGAGUUUAAAGAGUUUCGGGAUACCCUGAUUGAUUAUCAUGUUAAAAAGGAGAAGAGAUAUAAUGCUGGGAAUGAGAAGGAGAGCUUUCCGAGGUACUGGGCAUCCAAAAAUACAUGGAGUAUGGAUGGUCUUCCAUCCAUGAAGACAGCACUAGCGGUCAGUGAAGAAGAGAAAAUCAAGCCGGUGGGAAAAAUGGUUGGCCCACUGGCCCCAAAACAUCCAGGCAUACCAAGCCGAGAACUAGUAGUAAAGCAUCAACGAUCACGAGCUGCCAAUUUACAGUCCUCCUUGUUGUUACUUGUGGCUUUGUUGAGCUUCGUACUGGGUGUUGGGGCUACGCUACUUGUUGGUAGUGACAAGAUUAUGUAUUGGUUUGGUGUCUCUUCCUAGGUUGUCAACUCAGGGCCUUCGGAAUUGGUCAGAUAUUGAUAAACCAUAUUUUGUAGCCGUCGCAGCAAUUGUAUUGGGACAUUGGGC